AUGAUGGAAGUUGACGUCAUUGUACGGAACUGACCAUGUGACCGGCCUGCUGUACGAUGGAUGGGAACGUAACUGUACGGAACUCUCUGCUCUUCCGGCUACACGGAUGCAGCCAGUGCUAUUAGUGACUGGCUCGGUCUCGGAGACAGCUGCUGGGGAGGGAGGAGAAUAGGGGACCGGAGGUAGAGACACGGAAGCACGGAGAGAGACCAAUGGGAGCUUGCCGGAGCUGAAUGAUGAUGUUAGUGGGGGAUUUUCCAAGGGAAGGGUGUACUAAUCUGUCUGCUGGUGACUCAGACAUGCAGUCCUCUGAUUGCAUAAGGUGCGGUGAGAAGUCCUGCUGAUGUUGGAAGGUGCUCAGGACUGCAGGAACUCUGCGCUCCUCCACAGCUAGCCACAGAAAAAUGUCCCCCCUCAUCUUCUUCCUGCUGCUGUGGCGGUCUGUGGAAGGGGUUAACGACGUUUCGACCAAAACAAUCCAGCAAUGGAAUGCCGAAUUCAACAGAGAAUACACUGACUCUGUAAACAAUGAAUUGCAAAAUAUAUAUGCCUUCAAUCACACUAUGCUGAGGAACAAGACGGAGGGGGUGAGAGUGUCUGUUAAAGUAUUGUCUGAGCAGAAAGGAACACCUUUGCUCUUUGUGGUCCGGCAGAAGGAGGCUGUGGUGUCUUUCCAAGUGCCACUUACCCUCAGGGGGUUGUACCAGCGCAAUUACCAAUACCAGGAUGUUGGGCGCACGCUGUGCCAACCACCAACUAGGGCAGAGACGGAGUCCUUUUAUGUGGAUGUUUCUACCCUGUCAGAGAAGAACACUACCUAUGGUUUACGUGUCACACACGUGGAGAGUUUUGUGCUGCGGACAACAGAACCGUUCAGUUUUAAUUCAACUCCCGCUCAGCCUCAGUAUUUUAAGUAUCUUUUUCCAGCGGAAGUGGAUUCCGUGAUUGUAAAAGUCUCUUCUCCGUCCGCAUUCCCCUGCUCUGUCAUCUCCAUACAGGAUAUUCAGUGCCCAGUGUAUGACCUUGAUAACAAUGUGGCGUUUACUGGCAUGUAUCAAACAAUGACCAAGAAAGCUGCUAUCACUGUUCAGAGAAAAGAUUUUUCGAAAGGUGGUUUCUAUGUUGUGGUUGUUGUAAAGACUGAAGAUGAAGCCUGUGGCGGUGGGCUGCCUUAUUAUCCACUAAAUCCAGAUACUCCAGUUGAGCACGGAAAUCGCCAGAAGACCCUGGAAGUCUUGGUCAGCCCAGCAAUUAGCCGGACUACGUAUGUUGGUGGGAUGAUGUUCUGUUUGGGCGUUUUCCUGUCUUUCUACCUUUUUGCAUUAAUUAUAUAUUGCUGGGAGAAAUGGAGAAAGAACAAAAAAGAAGCUGGUUUGCUGCAUUGUGUGGGAGCUCUAAAUGAUGAGACAGCCUCACUGCUCGGGAAGUCAUUGGCGGCUCAGAGAUAUGAUGGAUGUGCAUACGGUUCCCUGGCUGAGAACAGUUCAGUUGCCAGUCCAGAGGAUGGUACAGACAGUCUGGUGUCAUCAGCCGAGGCCCCGUACGGUUAUAUGGGUCAGGAAAAGUUCAAACGCCGCUACGUGUUUGCUCUCCAGCGGCCUAUCAGCGACCGAUCUCUUGAGAAUCUUGUGUCUCGUCCACGGUUGGAGUCGUUGAGCUCUGUUGAGGAGGAUGACUAUGACACACUGACUGACAUAGAGUCUGAUAAGAACGUUAUCAGAACUAAGAAGUAUUUAUGUGUUGCUGACCUAGCAAGGAAAGACAAGCGUGUGAUCCGGAAAAAGUACCAAAUCUAUUUCUGGAAUAUCUCUACAAUAGCCGUGUUCUACGCCCUGCCUGUUGUACAGCUUGUUAUAACUUACCAGACGGUGGUGAAUGUAACCGGGAACCAGGACAUUUGCUAUUAUAACUUCCUGUGUGCUCAUCCCCUCGGAUCUCUCAGUGCAUUUAACAACAUUCUCAGCAACUUGGGCUACAUCAUGUUGGGGUUGCUGUUCCUCAUCAUUGUACUACAGAGAGAACUCAGUCAUACCCACAGCCGCAUAUACACCAGGGGACAGCUGGAGGAAUGUGGGAUCCCUAAGCACUUCGGUGUGUUCUAUGCUAUGGGCACUGCUCUUAUGAUGGAGGGACUCCUCAGUGCAUGUUACCAUGUGUGCCCAAACUACACCAACUUCCAGUUUGACACCUCCUUUAUGUAUAUGAUUGCUGGUCUGUGUAUGUUGAAGUUGUAUCAGAAAAGGCAUCCAGAUAUUAAUGCCAGUGCUUACAGUGCCUAUGCCUGUCUAGCCAUUGUCAUCUUCUUCUCCGUCCUCGGUGUGGUGUUUGGGAAAGGAAAUACCAUUUUCUGGAUUGUCUUCUCUGUGAUUCACAUACUGUUUACUCUGCUUCUGAGCACACAGCUGUAUUAUAUGGGUCGCUGGAGACUAGACUCUGGGAUUGUACGCCGGAUACUGCAGCUUCUAUACACGGACUGUAUAAGGCAGUGCAGCCCCCCAAUGUAUGUGGACCGCAUGGUGCUGCUUGUGAUGGGGAACAUCAUAAACUGGUCGUUGGCGGCGUAUGGCCUAAUCAAACGACCUAAUGAUUUUGCCUCAUACCUCCUUGCCAUUGGACUCUGCAACCUGCUGCUGUACUUUGCCUUCUACAUCAUCAUGAAGCUGCGCAGUGGGGAGCGUAUACUUCUAGUCCCACUUCUUUGCAUCGCCUGCACAUCUGUGGUUUGGGGAUUUGCUCUCUUCUUCUUCUUCCAUGGACUCAGCACCUGGCAGAAAACUCCAGCUGAAUCGCGAGAGCACAACAGAGACUGUAUAUUGCUUGGGUUCUUUGAUGACCAUGAUAUUUGGCAUUUUCUCUCCUCCAUCGCCAUGUUCGGAUCUUUCCUUGUUCUGCUGUGUCUGGAUGAUGAUCUGGAUGAUGUUCAGAGAGACAAAAUUUAUGCAUUUUGAACUAUGCCCUGAAGGACACUGGUACAGGGCAGAAUGCUAGCUCGAAGCAGUCACAGAUAGGGCACCAGACUGAGGCUCCAGUAUCCGUCCAGCCACUCGCACUAUACUUACAGCUGCUUUCUGUUGAAGAUACAAGGAGGCCUGUAACUUGGAGUGACCGAUGUGCCACCACUUUGUGCUACAUUUAUAUCUGAAAGGACAUUGACGCCUUUUUCAUGUGGACAAUAUUCCCCUAAUCGACCACAGGGUGCCAGUGUAGCGGUUUUGGUUGCCAAACUGAGCUUAUUGUGGGCCCAGCACCUCAGCCAUUAUAUGGCUUUUUGCUACAUUGUCACCUACAGAAAAUGUGUCAUAUAAUCUUUUGGAAACAGAGCAGAGGUAAUAGUCUGUGACGUAGGUAAUCUGUGUGAUCAUUGCCACUGACCUGUGUCUCAUCACUGGAGGAGUCCCAAAUGUCCUCAUGCUGCAGCUCCACAGUAGAUGUCUGUACACACACGUCCAACUUCUAUGUCAGGGGUUUGUGUUUAUUCCUGCGAUAUUGUUUGAAUCUGCCGGAGAUUAUUUUUAUACACAGACUUACGUGACGUUGGCAUUAAAUGCUUGUGAGAAGUUAUAAAUUGUGGGAUAUCUUUUCUUCUUAAAGGAAACUACACUUUUGUGGACUUUUCUCUUUUAAAGCGGUGAGCAUGAAGGUCUGUUUGCAGAUAUUAAUAAGCAAAUUAUUUUCUAGAUAUACUCCUAGAGAGAGGAUCUUGCACUUACCAGUCCAUCUGCGGGAUGUAAUGGCAUCCGAAAUCGCUGGAGGUGCGGGUUGCUGGACAAUCUUGGACGUUUUUUUUAAGGGGCAAUCACCUACAGAACAAAACCAUGCCUUGUAAGUGAUGGCACCUUUAAACAAACGUCCGUGGUCGGCCAGGAUUCCACACACCCAGUGAUAUCUGACGCCAUUACAUCAUGCCCCUGGAGUUGCUUCUACUUUCAGUGAGAUGGCUAUAUUGCAUCCUCUAUAUACAGCCAGCUCCCAACGCUGUGUGGUUUUUGAAAGUGUCUUGUGAUGUAAAUUGAGUAGUGAAAAAGCUGUUGAGAUCUGUUUUCUACAUUUACCCUUUAGUCCAAGAAAAGCAAAGUUGGCCUACGGUAGAUUAUGUAAGGAAAAACUCCUAUAGCCAAGUGUUUGGCAAUGUUGUAUUUCAUGCAAGAUGUGGAUGCUGUCAGAAAUGUGGGUAAAAUGUAUCAAAACUUGGAGCGAUACAAGUGCCAGCCAAUUGACUUCCAACUGCCAUUUUAUACUCUAAAUGACCAGUAGCUGAUUGGAUGGCAUUGUAUUUUCUCUACUUUACUUUAUCUCUUUCCAGUGUUUGAUACAUCUCCCCCCCCCCCAUACCCCCAUAGUCUUAAAUGAGCUUGCUGUUAUGUUAAGUAUAAGAGAAGUCUUACUGCCAAGAAAGUGUCAAAUCCCACCCAAUACUAGAAACAUUCACAAAUAUUUUAAGUUUAAGACUUAUGUCAGACAUUUUUCCUUUUAGUGUGUGAGGUUGUCUCUCUGCGCUCAUCAGACCUCAUCCUGGGUUCCUGGUUAUCCCUCACACAGAGAGCGCCUAACAUCAUUCAUGAAGAAUGCUCGUUCUCUAACAAGAUUCAAGGGGCAAAUUACAGUACGUAGCUUUUAUGGUGACUGAAUUUGUAUUUAUGUAAACAUCAGACUUGCCCUUUAAUUUGGUAUUAAUGGUUUUUAGAUGUCAUUUGUUCCAUAUACCUUUUCAAGGAUUUAUUUCAGCCCCAGGAAUAUUCAGCAAAAAUGAUUGUUUUUAUGACCUUUGUGUGUUAUUUAUUAUAGAGAAUGUCCUGAGUCAUAUUACGUUACUUUUCUAUAACUAUGGUCUGUGUACUCAUGUCAGAUGUCACUGUAAGGAAUUAUCGCAACCAAAGGAUCCGUAUUGAAGUACAUAUAAUUGCCACUGACUGUCAAAAGAGCUGUUAUGACAUCAAAGAAUAUAAUACUGUAACUGGGUGAUAUGGUAAAAAUGGGUUGGCGCUGAGAUUUAAAUAAAACGACAAUACUUAUCAAAGUGGCAGGAUUGGUAGACUGUCCUCUCUUUUUUUUGUAAGUUUCUUUAGAAGAUGUUCUCUCAGUGGCAGUUUUGGUACAUGUAACGAGAUUUAAGCAAGUGUUUAUUAAGCACUUAUAGUAUAUAUUUAUUUGAGAAUCAUUAAUUUGUUUAAACGUAAAGUUGUUUAUUCCUCCUUCUUUAUAAAUUAAAUGCUUCUAGAUGGGUGUACCUUGCUUACAUAAUUUGUGGCAAGGUAAAACACAUCUGGGUUUCUUUUACAGAUGGUCUGAACUGGUUUUUUCCCCCCAGCAAUGUGUAUUCCUGGUAUUGAGACCACGGUCUCUUACCUUAACUUACACAGUAUAUAAUUUUUAUGGACUCAUCAAGGUAUCUUUAUGUGUCAAAAAUCGUUGUUGUAAUACUUGUAGCUGUGUUCAAGUUCUGCCCCGGUGCAUACCUGACUUACACUAAAUUAGUGCGGUUUACUCAUAUCAAUCAAGGUGUAUGUCAAUUUGCGUACCGGUACUCACGAGUAAUGUAGAGUUUUUCAAUCGCAUUAAGAUACAAAGAUAAUGUAGAUCUCAAGGUAAAAUUUAUAACAAACUUUUAAUUUACAGGUUUUUAAAAACAAAACAAAACUGGUAUUCCAUAAUACAACAUUAAAAACAUUAGCUGCAGGAGGCUGCCGCCCGUGAGGGGGAUAGGGCCGACCAAAUUAACUUCAGCACAAAAAGGACCGGUUCCAAGAAGGCUAAAUGAAUAUAUAAAUGUAAAAUGGUCGUAACUUUCCUCCAGACGUGCGCAGUGUGAUCCUUGCAGGCAAUGGUCCUCAGCCAACGCGUUUCGAGUUCCUACUCUUUAUCAAGGCUCGAGCCUUGCUUAAAACCGUCACUGAGAGGACAUCUUCUAAAGACACUUUCACAAAAAAAAAAAGAGGACAGAGUCUACCAAUCCUGCUACUUUGAUAAGUAUUGUCAUUUUAUUUAAAUCUCAGCGCCAACCCAUUUUUACCAUAUCAUCCAUUUCUCCUAUUGUCUUUGGAUCUUCUGGGAUAGAUCCUAGGUAUAAGUGGGAGGCUGCAGUGAUUUCUAAAAAUGAGCGCCAGAUGAUUUAUCUUAAACCCCUAUUCUGUAUAAUACUGUAACUGCUGAAGUUUCUCUUUCAUGAAAAUACCCUACGACUGUUUAAUUCCAGGCUCCCCAAGGUUGUCUUGGUAAUAUGGACUGAUUCAUAUUUGUGUACCUUAGCUGAUAUAGGGAAAUCUAAACAGCUGCAAUGCGUAUUCCUCAUACUGAUGUAUGGUUGGCACUUAAAUACACAUAAAUUAGGUAGAGCUUUUGAAAGUUGUAUGUGUUUAUUUGCCUUUAUUUUAUCUCCCUUUUUGCUGAUCAUUUCAACAACCAAACUAUGGAAGUUCCUUUGUUGCUUUCUCCAACCACUGGUGAGAUUUCCUUUCCCAGAAGGUGAUAAACGCUCAACUGCAGCUGCCUGAUACCUAUUGUAGAUUUGAUCUUUCAGUUUUCCACUUGAUGGAGCCAAAAAUACUUGCAUAGAAUGAAUGCAUUAACAUUUAUAGAGUAAUACAUAUAAUUCCCCGGCCGACGGGAUACCAUCUGUCAUGAUCCCGACACCGGGAUCCUGUCUGCCAGAAUGCCAUCAGCGGGGGUGAGCGCUAGAAAGCCCCUUGCGGACUCGCUGCGCUCGCCACGCUGCGGGCACGGUGGCUUACUGCGCUCGCCACAGGUUAUUUGUCAUGGACACCUACAGAGGGAGAAAAGCCUGUGUUGCCGGUAUUCCGGCGGCAGCAUCCAACCGACUGACGGGAUUCUGAUGUCGGUAUUGUGACCAGCGGGAUCCCGCCUGGCGGUAUCUUAACCGCUUCCUGUUAUAGACGCAGACCACCUUGCAGCAUAAGAAAAAGUUAUGUCAACUGGGCAAUGGGAUUCUUGUGCCAACAUAUUGCCUUUGAUGCAGACCUUUCAGUGCAUUCUUUGUACCCACAAAGUACCACAUCUCUUUGGUAUGUAUUCAUCCCAGCUGUGGCAUUGUUAGAUACCACAGUGACUUUCAUGAAAACAGCUCGGUUUCCUGUUUUUGUUGUGUGUUUUUUUAUAUCGUUGAAUUAAAGCAAAGACAUUAAGAUAUAUAUAUUAAAAAAAAGUUGUUAAAAA